AUGGCUGCUGAUGAGAAAAAGCUCUUGAUCGAAUAUAAUAAGAUGAGAGAAUCUGGCUGCUUGUUGGAAGGAAAGAGCGAAACAGCCUGGCUGAGGCCACAAAGGAGACAUUAUCCUCAAUCUAAUCGCACCUCGGUAGAGAAUUAUGGAGAAGAAAAGCAUGAAUACGUCAGUGGCAGGACCUCUUGGAUAACAAUCUUCCCUCCUGAACAUAAGGAAAAGAGGCAUUUUCCAGAAAAAAACAACGCAAUAUUUGGAUGACCUGCCUCUCAAAUGUUGUUUCUGCUGGAGUAUGGGGCGUUUUCCAUGAG